CAGGUCACAUAUGGAAGAGAAGAGACAAAAAUCAAAGCCACAUAGUUCAACGAGGAACCCUCCAACAUAGGAAAGUGUAGGAAACUCCACCCAACAGGCCAACUCGACAAUCCCCAUCAAAAAUAAACUUAGAAUUACUACUCUGCAAGUCCAAUUUUCUAAGUUGAUUCUCUCUUUUUUUCCCCUGUUGCUUUGAUUCCUUUUUGGAUGGUGGCCUCCCAAGACUUCAUCAAUCAAGAGUUCUUUCCUUCUUCUUCAUCAGGUCGUGUGAAAUCGUCUUCAAUUUGUUUGGGUGGUUUAGAUGGAUGAUGAAGAAGAAGGGGACGCAUGAACCGGUAAAUUACUGAGGAUCAAAGCUGGUUUUUGUGUUAUAUAUGAUGACGAGGGAGAAGAGGGAUAUAAGGCCUGUACUCUUCAAACUUGGGGUGGCUCUGGCUUUCUCUGUUGGCAGCAUUCUCUUUUCUAUUUUGAGAACCAAAACGGUUAAGCCCUCUGGAUCCCCACCUUCACAGCCUUCUCAUCCAGAACAUCCGAAUCAGGUUGACUCUGUUGAGGAAAGGAUUGAGCUGAAGAAUGACGAGGAUGAUCAUGUCUUGCUUAGAGCAACCAGUUCUUGUAAUUUUGCCUUAGCUUCUUCUGAGAGAGAUGAGCCAUCGUUGUUGUCAAAAACCUCUAGUGGUAAUUUAUCCAGUAACUGUUCUCCUUGCAAGAGAUCUAAUGGGGAUAAAGACGUGUACCUCUUGCCAGAAUUCAAUGAUCUCGUCAUGGAAUUUGAUUUGGCUGCCAUGAAGGCUACCUUUUCUCCCCACAAGGAUGUAGAAAUGCUAACAAAUAGUUGUGUUCAAAAGCUGGACCAUGAGCAAGAACUUAACAGCCUGAGGAACAUGGUUAAAACUCUCAAAGAGAGGGAGAGAUCACUUGAGAUUCAACUGCUGGAGUAUUACGGCCUUAAGGAGCAAGAGACUGCUGUCAUGGAGCUCCAUAACCGACUCAAGAUAAACAAUAUGGAGGCCAAGCUUUUCAAUCUUAAAAUCGAGUCCUUGCAGGCAGAUAAGAGGAGGCUUGAGGAACAAGUGGCUGAUUAUGCAAGAGUUGUGUCGGAACUCGAAGCUGCAAAAACAAAGAUAAAGCUACUCAAGAAGAAACUAAGAUCUGAAGCUCAGCACAACAGAGAACACAUCCUAGCGUUGCAAGAAAGAGUUGUAAAGCUACAGGACCAGGAAAAGAAGGCUCUUUGUACGGACCCAGACCUCCAGUUGAAACUUCAACAACUGAAGGAUUACGAGGAGGAGGCAGAGGAACUAAGGAAGUCUAAUCACAUUCUGCGGCAAGAAAAUUCUGCGUUAGCUCAAAAGUUGGAAUAUGUGCAGACCCUCGCUGUUUCUGUUUUGGAUGGCGAAAAGGUGGAAGCAUUGAAGAGUGAAAGUAACCGCUUAAGACAAGAAAAUGAAGAUAAGGCUAGGGAAAUUGAGCAACUCCAAGCAGCUCGUUGCUCUGAUAUUGAAGAACUAGUCUAUCUCAGAUGGAUAAAUGCUUGCUUACGCUAUGAGCUGAGAAACUACCAGCCUGACCCUGAUAAAACUGUUGCUAGGGAUCUAAGCAAAUCCUUAAGUCCCAAGUCCGAGGAGAAAGCCAAGCAGCUAAUACUUGAAUAUGCAAGGAAAGAAGGCACGGGUGAGAAAGGGAUAAGUAUAGCAGAUUUUGAUUCUGACCGGUGGUCAUCCUCCCAAGCUUCCUAUCUUACAGAAUCUGGUGAAAAUGAUGAUCUUUCUGUUGAAUGUUCAUCAACCAACAAGACAAACACUUCAAGCAAAACAAAAAUAUUUGGUAAGCUUAUGCAACUGCUAAGGGGAAAGGGGAGUAGCCAUCUUAGACGGAGUUCAUCACUAGAGUCAGCUCCAUCCAUGGAGUAUAUGGCGGGUAAGAGUUCUAGUAUUUCUCCAGUGUGCAAUGCUGGGGUUUCACCAGGGACAGCUUCUGGUGAUGAUGGCCUCAAUGCCAGAUCAAGAACUUCAUCGCAGAGCUCAUCUAGACUUUCUCUGGAUCUCCAAAGAUUUCCGUAUCUUCAAGGAUCAAAGAGUGGUAAAGGAGAAGAAAGCAGCAACUUAGAAUGUAUCCAGAGAAAUAGCAGUGAUGGAUCAUCCUGUGUUUAUAGAGUGAUGAAUCCUAUUUCAGAAGACGUUACUAAUUUAAGCAAAGAAAAUCAAUAUCAACAUCAACAAAGUUCUACAGAUGCUAAGAAAUCUGAAUUGUUAAAAUAUGCUGACGCUUUGAAGGGCUCCAGGCGGAAACCAACCGUCAGGAAGAGAUCGGUAUCAUGUACGCUUUGAAAGGCUCUCAACCGAAACAGGUUUUGGAGGAGGCCAGCAUGAUUUAGUCUCUAUUGAAAUGUAAACAGAAGCUUGUAGAUGAAAGUAAUUUUUGGAGCAUAGCCUUGUUCUGCAUCCCAUUUUGCCACCUUAAUUCUCCUACUUUUCUUGCCUUCGGCCUUGUAUUACAUGGGUAAUGAAGUGGGCUAUCCAAUAUGGUCCAUGAGUUGCCGCAGCCCUGUAUAUUUGAUGUAGGAUUUCUAGUCACUGUAACAAGUUCCCUGUGUACAUAUGGAACUAGAAUGAAAACUUUUGUGCAGCUAAAGAAAUAUAGUCAAGAAUUUGCCUUUCCUAGUAUUUUUUUUUUU